UCCUCCCAUGUAGGACAUGCUAUGACCGCCUCGUUACUCCUCGGCUCGCCCUGGAUCGACCCGGUCAUGUUCCUCUACGACGGCGGCUCACAAGAGGAGAGAAGCAAGAACAUGGAAGGCUUCACAGGUGGGAACUUCGCGGCAAACCAGUGCAGGAAUCUGCUGGCGCAUCCAACCUCGCUGGCUCCCAGCACCACCUACGCUGCAAGCGACGUGCCAGUCUCUGGGGUGGGGGAGCCUGGCAAGCAGUGCAGCCCCUGCUCCGCCACUCAGAGCUCGCCCAACGCUUCUCUGCCCUACGGAUACUUUGGCAGCGGCUACUACCCGUGCAGGGUGUCACACGGCGGCGUCAAGGCAUGCGCGCAGCCCUCCGGUUACGGGGACAAAUACGCGGACUCUUCGGUCUCCGGUGAGGCGAAGGAGUUUGCCUUCUACCAGGGAUAUUCCUCCAGCCCCUAUCAGACCAGCUACCUGGACGUGCCGGUGGUACCUGCGCUGAGUGCGCCGCCCGAGCCAAGAGAGUCUCUGCUGCCCAUGGAGCCCUAUCAGCCCUGGGCCAUCACUAACGGGUGGAGUGGUCAGGUUUACUGCACCAAGGAGCAAUCGCAGGCAAACUCUCUGUGGAAAUCUUCAUUACAAGACUCCUUAUCCGGUGGUAUGGACAGCUCGGUCCGUCGUGGGAGAAAGAAACGCGUGCCAUACACAAAGGUGCAACUCAAAGAACUGGAGAGAGAGUACGCCACCAACAAAUUCAUCACCAAGGACAAAAGGAGACGGAUAUCCGCGCAGACGAACCUGACAGAGAGACAAGUGACGAUCUGGUUCCAGAACAGGCGGGUAAAGGAGAAAAAAGUUGUCAAUAAGUUCAAGAGCUCUAGUUAGCUCUGGAGACAUUCCCAAGACGUGGAAAGCGCGGACGCGGGUGCGCUUUCAGCAGUGGAAGAGAGAGAGACAGAAAGAAAAAAAGAGAAAAAGAUAGAAAACUGUGCUAUAAUUUAUUCCAUUUAUGAACUGUUACACACUGUCGCCGGAACGACUCUGGUUUGAACUAUAACGUUUCCUUCCUCGUUUUAAUUGGAACCAGUCCGUGGGGCCUGUUGGCAGAAGGUCGGAAGAGAUCUUGAGUUUGAAGCGACGUUUGCGGGACGUUUCUAGUCUCCAUCCCGACGAGCAUUCCGACAAAUAUUCUGCAUUGAGACGGGCGAACCACCAGCAACUUGUGCGCAUUUUCCCUUUAAAAAAAGAAAAAUAUAAGGUUGAAGCGCACGAAUGAAAAAAAAAUAAAACACCAACAAAAAACAAACAAAAAAACACAUUUGGUUUCAGACUGUGGUAAAGAGUAACAAAAGCAGGUAUUUAUCAUAAAAUUAUUCAAAUACUGCAUUUGCAGUAUUUGUAUCCGAAUGUUUAGCUCCAUCCCAAAUUUAUUUGAGAAAUGAAUUUUCCUAUUAAAUCAGCUUUCAUCACAUCUUUCAUUCUCAGCGGGUUACCUAUGAAACUUUACCAAGCGUUUCAUUAGGAUUUCCAAAGUUUCAAUCAAAGGCGCCUUCGGAACCUUUGCAGAGGGGUGGCCAGAUGGUCUCCGCUGAUAAUCUUGGCGCGGGACCUUGAAACCAAAAGCUUAAACUGAAUUUUCUUCUUUUUUUAAUUUUAUUUUAUUGUGCAAUCGUUUAGAGUUAGGACGAUAGGGUUCGGGGGGUAUCAAAGAUGGCACACCAUGAAACACCAGAACGGACAUUAAAAAAGUAAUUAUUUAUAUAAAAAAAUAAACAAAUAAAAAUAUGUUUUGCUUUUUUUCUCUCUUGUGCGGAACUCAUUCUAAAAAAAAUAAAAAUAAAAAAGAAACAACAAAAAAAAACAAAACAAAACAGGAGGUUACCCGCAAACAUGUAAAGAAGGCCUCUGGCACCUUUGCCCCCACCCGUUGGUGGCGCCACUGAUUUUAAGAGUUUGCCAGUUUGUCUGAAAAAGGCAUGUACAUGCCCUUUUUCCCCCCUAUUGCUCUCGCAUUUACAUUUUGUCUUCCUGCUUACUCUUCAAGAAGAAAAAAAAUCUACAUGAAUGGAUGAACCUCACCAAAACAUGUGUAAAUAUUUUCUGCGCAACCGAGUCAGUUUUCUGUUUCUUAUCCAUAAACCAACGUUUUUUUUUUGUUUGUUUGUUUGUUUGUUUUUUUUUUUUACAAUAUAUGUUUGACACACACUAUAAGUACGUUGCUGUCGCGAGAGUUUCAUUUAUCUUUCUGUUUCGUGAGAAAAUUCGAAUAAAGUGAUUGACUGCGGUUUCAAAUGAAAAUAUGAUUUAUAUUGUCUGGUAUGACGAUGGAAGUGUUAACAGGCCAACAGUUUGAUUCAGGUCCCAGUAUUUAUCACAGAGACUCUAUGUCGCCAUCUAGCGGCGAAUCUUUGUCUGCGCAGUUUUCCUGCCUAUGGGCUGCGGUUUCUCGAAUCCGUCGCUGUUUUUGUUGGGCGCUCCUCGAUUUGCCACUUCUCACUCGACUUAAGGUCUUUCCUGUAAUGGGGAGGUUUCGUAAGUUGGUGUACUGCAUUGAAGUGUAGUUACGUGACCUCAAUAAAUAAUAUAUAUCAGCAAUAAGUUGCUGGGAUUUAUUGUGGCUUGACCAGGGUUUACAGUGUCACACUUUAGAGUCGACCAUUUUACGCGGCUCUUACAACGUAACCAAACACGAACAAACAAAUGACGAAAUUACACCGCAAAACGCGAACCGGUCAUAUUGAAUAAACUGUAAUGUUAUUGGAAAGUUCAUUUAUUUCAGUGACUCAAUUCACUGAGUGCAACGCAUUACAGCAAUUACACACAGACUGGUGAUGACUAUGAUUUUCCUCUUAUACAGUUAGUAAAACACAACAUUUAAGGUUAGAAGAUUACAUUAGACUGACACAAAAUGUUUUUUAUUCAAAAAUAUGGGCUUUAUGGAAAGCAUGCUCGAGUUGUGCUUGUGGGUUAUUAUUUCCAAAAUGCAGGCCACUUGCAAUCUGACAAACUGCAUUGUCAGAAGGUAUUCAAAAAUAAUUACAAAUGCAUUCAUAUAUCCUGUAAUUGAGAUUUUUUUUUUUAGCACUAUGAUUCAUCACACUGUAACCACCUGCGAGUGACACACGAAGGUUUGGAACAUGGGUGUGAAACGGUUGCUUUUAUAAGCUACAUGAUGGAAGCAGACAGAAAGUGGCAACAAUGCAAGCAUGAACUCUAAGGAGAAUCUGCAUGAGCAAAGAGAGAAGUUGACUGAGUCGCUCAUGUCAUUUUCGAAGAUUACAUUUACACUUUUUCCUCAAUGGCAACAGCAUUGCUAAGAUGUAUUUUUUUUAUUCUGAUGCUUAACCCACUGUAUGUGUAUUGUACAUAUAUUUAAGCUAAGAAAACCUCCAUUAAGAAAUAAAAUGAGCAAAACUCUG